AUAUUAUAUACAUAUAGUAUGUACUAUAUAAUAAUACAUAUGUAUGAGUGCAUAAACAAUGGCGUGUCAUCGACAGACCAGAAAAAAAACAGAAAAAAAAGAAUUCAUUGAUAAAUCGAUAAAAUUUAAUAUCGUGUGUCAACGCCCGCCUUUUGUUCUUUGUUACGAAUGAUAGAGAGAGAGAGAGAGAAAAAAAAAGAAGAAGACAGAUAGAAAAAAAAAAAAUUGUGAAAGUAUUUUCGUCCACGUCAAACUAAUCAACACAUAACCCAAUAACAUUAAUUGAUUGAUAAUAAAUAAAAUUAUAAUUAUUCAAAAAAAAAAAAAAAAAAAAAAAAAAAAAGAAAAAAUAAACCAUUUGUGGAACGAUCUAAUUUUUAACGAUGUCGUGAGACACAAUGUUGAAAUCAUUCAAACUGAUUAAAAUUUUCAUUUUGAUCUUGUCAAUAUUUUUCCAAUUAAUUUCAAGCAAACCAUUUAUUCAAACGCUCAAUAUUUCCAAGUAAGUGUAUAGAUAAUUUAUAAGUAAAAAAAAAAAAAAAAAAAAGAAUAAAAUAAAAUAAAGAAAUUUCGUUUAAAUAAAACUCUGAGAAAGAUAAAGAAACAGAGAGAGGGAGGGAGAGAGAGAGAGAGUGAUCUUUUGAUUUAUUGCGAUUUAUUGAGCGAUCUUUCUUUUAGGAAUGAUAAAGAGCCUAAUUUUAGGCAUUCGAGCAAUGACGAAGAACAAAUGGCGAUAAUGUUCAAUCAAACUUUGGAUUAUUUGAUCCCACGACGUCGUUUAUUGGACAAUCAAUAUCGUCAUAAUUAUUCUAAUGACGAAAUAUCAUCAAACGUUUCUAUUAAUUACAAUAAUAAAAACAAUUUAAAUUUGUCGAUAACGCCAGAUUGGACGAUAGAUUUGUUGACGAACGUAACAAAUGUUCCUAUUAACAAUGUCGAAUAUAUUUCUAGUACAUCGUUCGUCGACAUUGAAUAUGAUACGACACACAUUAGAAAAAAAAGAUAUGCUUUAUUGGAUGAUAAUCAAUUGAAGUCCAACGACAAUGAGGAACAUGAAAGUGUUGACAAUGUAGAGAAAAAACGUUCGUCAUCGUCAUCGUCAUCGUCAUCGUCAUCGGACAAUGACGAGAACAGCAAUGAUCAACGUACGAAUUUGCAAAAAUCUGACAAUACCGACGAGUCCGAUGAUUACAGUGCAGAUCUCGAGGAAAGCAACGAUAACGAAACUGACGAUGAUCGGGAUAAAGUUGUUCAAUCCAAGGACAGUAAAAUUAAACGUGAAAGUACCGAUUACGAGUACGCAAAUGACGAUCAAGAGAGAUCAUCAUCGGGUGACGUUAGAGUUAAACGUGACGAGAUCAAUCAAAACGACGAAAAGAAUAAAUUGGAUGAUAAUAUUAAAAAUGUCGUUGAGGAAAAUAUUGAGAAAACCGAUAAAGAGAAAAUUAAUGAAUCGGAUAUGAAAAGAGAUACCGCAAAAGAGAAAAAUAUUGAUACGAUCGAAUCGCCAAAAUUGACGAAGGAAGAUGACAGCGAAUAUGAGAAACGCGUUGAAGAGAAAAUCAAACGUAAGAUAGAUUCGAUAAAGGAGGAGAUCAAACGUGAGAUCGAAAGGAAACGAAGGGAUCGUGAGAUCGAGAGGAACAAUGCAAGAUUCGAUGAGAUACAGAGUAAGGAUAACGAUGAACAAGAGGAGGAUCAAGAAGCGGUAAGUGCAAAUGUUGAUGAUAAAAUGGCGUCUAAGAGAUCAUCCGAUGACGUCAAACCUAAAAUAAAUAAAAGAAGAAGAAGAAGAAGAAGAAGAAGAAGAAGAAGAAGGAGGAGAAGAAGAAGAAGAAGAUCGAACGAAAGUGAUAGAAUCAGGCAUCGAUUGGAGGAGAUUGAAGGUAUUGAUAAUCUCAAGGACGAGGAUGAUUAUAAUGCUGCUGUACACGAGAGUAUUAGAAAAAGAUUUGCACCCGAUGAUAUUGGCUCCAUGUCCGAUCAGGAUGAACCUAAGAUAAAUAAAAUUUCUUUGAACAAGGCACCGGUGAAGAAACGUGAAAAAAUUCGAGAAAUGUUCGUGGUUAAGAACGACAACGAAAAGAAACGUAAAAAGAAAAGAAAAAGAAGAAUAGCCGAUGAGGGACAUAUAUUGGUACCCGAACAGGCACACGUUAAGAUCGAAGAUGACCUACCAAGUGAUUUAACGUUCGAUCCAAAGCUACGUGGAAGUCAACCGAUUGACGAGAAGGUAAGGAUUAAAAGAGCAAAUGCAGGAUUGGUUACUUUAGAAUAUAGGCCGCAAAAUGUCGAAGACGAGGAGAACGACGAAGGCAAUGAAUUUGGCGACGAUGGUUUCGAAGAUAGAACAUCGAAUUUGAAAGAUCGAAUUGGUAAUUCAUUGAUCGAGGAUCAAGAGGAUAAAGAGAAUCAAAAUGUUAAUUUUCUUUUCCCUGGAAUUUCAUCUUGAUUGAAAGAAUCCGACUUAUCAUUUCGACGAAAAAAACAUUUCGCAGUUAGUUAAUAAUAAAAAUAAUUCUCAGGAAUUAUUUUUUCAUCAUAAAUUUCUUAUAUAUCUGUGAUUAAAUUGACAAAAAAAAAAAAAAAAAGAAAAAAAAAGAAAAAAAGAAAAAAUGGGAAAGUACAAAAAAAACAAAGCUAGAAAGAAAACUUCUUUACCUUCUGUAAUAUUACUUAUCGUUGCGUAUACAUAUAUGUCGGUAACAAUCUGAUUUAUCGACCGACUUCGUUCGCUUUACCAUCAGUCGGUAUUUCGUUUACUACAGUCGGUAAAGAAGAUAUUCUCAUUUACCAACGUAAAAAAACACUAGAAUGAAAAAAACAAACUUAAGUUUUCCCAUUAAAGAGCCAAUCCGAUUUGAGAGCUUUGGCAUCGUCUGCAAAGGAUUCGAAUCGACGAUUAAUUACGGAUUACAAUGAAGCUUUCGGUGGCCUUCAAAGUCUUCGGGAUAAUCCUAAUGGUGCCUUGAGUAGAUUCAAAAGGAUCAAACGUGUUCUGAAAACGUCACGAGUUUCACAUAAAAAUAAACUAUCAAAUUAACGCACACAUUGUAUAAACAAUAAGAAGGAAGAAACAAAACUAAAAAAAAAAAAAAGAAAAAAAAAGAAAGAAAAUGAGA